AUGACUCUCAGCCACAAGUAUCAAACUAGUUCACAAUUUAAUUCAACCAUCCCCAUUCUGAGCCACGCACGGGCACAGCAGAGCGCCAGGCAGACGCCUCAGAAUGGGCACAGCAUCACUCUCGUUGCACCCCCUGCGCCCCCGCCGCCCGCCCGUCCGCCACCCACUUUGCCGGGGCAGAGCAAACACACAGAAAGUGAACACCAUGUGCGGAAACCCCUAAAGCCAGAGAAUCACCGUGGAAACUCGCCGGGAUCCUGCUUCCCGACGCCACCCAAUCACUUGAUGCCAUGGCAUCCGCCGCCCAAUGGGAAUGCCGCCGGAAACGGUGGCGGAAAUGGCGGCGGAGCCAUUCACGACGGCAACGGAAACACCGUGAUGCCCGGCAAUGGGCGCAAGGUGCAGAACAUGAGUCUCGUGUGCGUGGUUUGCGGAGACACGAGCUCAGGGAAGCACUACGGCAUCCUGGCGUGCAACGGAUGCUCGGGCUUCUUCAAGCGCAGCGUCCGACGGAAACUCAUCUACAGAUGCCAAGCAGGCACAGGACGCUGUGUCGUGGACAAGGCGCAUCGGAAUCAAUGCCAAGCUUGCCGGUUGAAAAAGUGCCUCCAAAUGGGCAUGAACAAAGACGCCGUGCAGAAUGAGCGUCAGCCACGAAACACCGCCACAAUUCGUCCGGAGGCUCUGCGUGACAUGGAACAAGGACAUGCCCUGCGCGAGGCAGCGGUUGCAGUGGGGGUUUUCAGUCCUCCCGUGUCGCUGCUGCCUUCCAAUCGAUACGGCCCGGGACUUCUCACUCCUCCAGCGCUCAAUGCUGUUCCCGUGAGCACUCUGUUCCAGAAUCCAUCGUCAUUCCCUCUGAGCAACAGCAUUGGCCACCACGGAUCUCCGCUGGGGACUUCAGGCGGCGCCCUGGGCAGUGUGGGCGUCAUGAGAACGGGCAGCAGUAACAGCAAUCACGAGAGUGUUUGUCCGUUGAAUGCUUCGACGACGUCCAGCAACAAUUCUCAGCCGCCGGCGUCGCCGCCGCUCAGCAACUCGACCAAGGAGGCCGGCAGAGUGGAUAACUGCGUGAAGGCGGCUCCAGAGUCCGCCAAGAGCAUGUCUUCAGUGGGAUCUUGCAGUCCCAUUCCCUCAAAUGACAACGAUGAGGACUCCAUUGAUGUCACGAAUGACGAGGAGACUGACCGCUCGCCCACGGGCCCCAUGCAUUGCCUGAUGCCCCCAAAAUUCUACGGUCAUCCACAGGAGACCAUCUUCGAGACGAGCGCUCGGCUGCUCUUCAUGGCCGUGAAGUGGGCCAAGAAUCUGCCCAGCUUCGCCAGUCUGCCGUUCCGCGAUCAGGUGAUCCUACUGGAGGAGUCGUGGGCGGAACUGUUCCUGCUCAACUCCAUCCAGUGGUGUAUGCCUCUGGACACGGCCAGCUGCUCUCUUUUCUCCUCCGCCGAGCACUGCGCCAAUCUCUCCAAUCCGGGCGUGAUGAAGCAGACGCAGGUGGCGCAGGACGUGCGUACGCUGCACGACACGCUGUGUCGCUUCAAGUCUGUGCUCGUGGAUCCGGCGGAGUUCGCCUGUCUCAAGGCGAUCGUGCUGUUUCGCUCGGAGACGCGCGGCCUGAAGGAUCCGGCGCAGAUUGAGAAUCUGCAGGAUCAGGCGCAAGUGAUGCUGGCGCAGCACUGCCGCAGCCAAUUUCCCGGCCAGAUUGCGCGCUUCGGCAGGCUGCUUCUCAUGCUGCCACUCCUCCGGACCGUUCACUCGCACAAGAUCGAGUCGCUGUACUUCCAGCGCACCAUCGGCAACACACCCAUGGAGAAGGUGCUCUGUGAUAUGUACAAGAACUAGGGGAGGAUCGCUGUAAUUGUGUCUGUGUCUCAGUAAAACUCGUGGAAAUC